AUGAGUGAAGUUGUGCAUUUCCAUGAUAUUUUGGAGCCGAGGAACACUCAAUGUGGUAUAUUUUCCUUCAUGACGAAAGCAUGGCAUCCACAAAAGUCGUUUAUAUUGGAAAAAUAUUAUUCACCGCAAGAUUUAAAAGACCUUGUCGCCACUUCUGUUUAUUUAGAUUCCGUCAUUGAAGCGGAAAGUGCAAGAACUGGAGUACGUAAAGAAAAACUCAAGAAGGAAGUCCUAGAUUAUCUGGAAGAGAUGGGCUUGGAUAAAAAGUUGCACACUAUAAGGUGGAUGGGCAUCUUAUUCCUCAAGGUCUGCUUUAUGAUGAAAAUUGGAGUCUUUGUCAAUGAACCUGCAGUUAUGAAGAUAAAGUCGACAAUGGGCCGUAACCCAGUGAUGUUUCUUCCCACACAUCGCAGCUACGCGGAUUUUUGUCUGAUGACAUAUCUUUGUUACCAUUAUGACAUCGACUUCCCUGCCGUUGCCGCUGGCAUGGAUUUCUACUCAAUGGUAAUAUUAGGCCGACGCAUGCGCGAGACGUGUGCUUUCUACAUACGGCGUACUCUAGUCGGAGCUCCGUUGUACGCAGCUACCCUAAAGCAGUAUGUCAGAACGCUGGUAGCCAAGAGCUGCGCGCCUAUUGAGUUCUUUUUAGAGGGUACACGGAGCCGUAGUAAUAAAAGUUUAUCACCUAAAUAUGGAAUGCUAUCAAUGAUGCUAAUGCCCUUCUUCGCACGAGAAGUUAAUGACAUUACCAUCGUACCCGUGAACAUCACGUACGACCGGCUCAUGGAGCAGGCUCUGUUUGCAUAUGAGCACCUUGGAGUACCUAAACCUAAGGAGUCUACUGGCGGUUUUCUAAAAGCGCUACGAAGUCUGAACGAUCAUUUCGGCAACAUAUACAUCAACCUCGGCUCCCCAUUAUCCGUCAAAGAUUACAUCCAAAACGACUACAAUAUCUCCGAAGAAACUCUUAAACCGUUAGACCUACAACAGUUAACUCCGGAGCAAUUCUCAAAAGUUCAGGACAUAGCAAACUAUGCCGUAACUUUACAACAGAAAAAUACAGUUGUUGUAAUAACAAAUUUAAUUUCCAUAGUUCUUAUGCAAAGCUUAAUAAAGAACGAAUUGUUAUCUUACGACGAAGUUUUAAAAGAAGUUCACUGGGUGGUAAAUUUGUUAAAGAAUCUUGGUGCAUCGGUUUUCGAAAAUGAUGUUAAGAGUAGUGUGGACAGAAUUUUAGUAGUACAUAGUAAAAUGAUCGCUCUGGAUAAAGAUAAAAGGCUCAGAUUGAUUUCUGGAACUUUGAUGGAUAUGUCUGAUGAAGUCAAAGCCAAAAUGAAAGGUCACAUAUUAAAAGCAGAGACGAUGGUGAACGCCGUGCCAAUAGUACAACUGCAGCUUUACGUCAACCCUGUACUCCAUUACCUUGUUCCUCCUGCAGUCGUUUCUUUACUUGUACAGAGAUCAGUAAUUCACAGAGAUGAAUUAGUUGCAGACUUCAACGGAGUGAGAAAACUGCUGAAACACGAAUUUUUCUUCGUCGAUAGAAAUGAGGAUGUUAUAUUUAGUAACGCACUUGAAUACUGCAUACACAGCAAAGUGAUAGCCAAACAAGGUGAUACGUAUGUGAUAGGGGCCGAUCACAAACUGCAGUUUUUGUUGAAGUGGUCCAUUUCACCUUUCUUAACCACCAUUUUGAUAUGCAUGGACGUCAUGAUCGAGAUACACUCCUGUGACCACAAUAAGGCAUUGAAGAUGGUGCAAGAACGAGUCGAGUCACGUCAUGUCCACCCGUACUGCCUAAGUCUGGAGUGUAUAGGCAACUGCUUGCAGGGAUUAACAUUGGCCGGAGCCCUCGCUAAGGACAAGACGGAAAAGAACGAUGUACAAUACACCGUGGCAACCGAAAAAAUGAAGCAAAGUCAUCAAUUAAUAACCUCGAUUUUACCUCCCAUAGAAGUUAAUUUCGGUCGGCGUAACGAUGUUGUUCUCGAUUUUCGGACUGUGUCAUCUCGUUUAUAAUUUUGCACUUUUAGCUGGUUUUUCAUGGUAUUAUACUUUGAGGAUGAACUCGAAUAAUAUUUUUGCAUAGUUACAACUACACUAAUGUGAUUGCUUUCAUGGUGUUAUGGGAUUGGCUAGAAUAAAAAUUAUUGGUAUUAUA